UGGUACAACCAGAGCGAGCCUGUGAGCGAGAGAUGGAUUAUUCACUUUUCCAAGACUGAGGGGGAACAGCACCGUAGGGGGAAAAAACAUUUGACAGUGUUUGUUUUAGGAUUCGUGAAGUGUUUCCACAAUGUCUACGAAAGCAGAGCAAUUUGCCUCUAAGAUAAGAUACUUGCAAGAGUAUCACAACCGCGUGCAACACAAUAUUUACCCCGUGCCCUCCGGAACAGACAUUGCAAACACAUUGAAAUACUUUUCCCAAACCCUGCUCAGCAUUCUGUCCCGCACAGGCAGGAAGGAGAACCAGGAAGCAUCCAAUUUGGCCGUGCCCAUGACCAUGUGUCUUUUUCCUGUGCCAUUCCCACUCACCCCAUCUCUAAGACCACAAGUCAGUUCCAUCAACCCUACAGUUACUCGCUCCCUCCUUUACAGCGUUCUGCGUGAUGCCCCGUCAGACCGCGGGGGGGCAGGGCAGCAGAGUCGGGACGCUCAGCUCUCAGAGUACCCCUCUCUGGACUAUCAGGGGCUCUAUGCGACCCUCGUGACCCUGCUUGACCUGGUGCCCCUGCUGCAGCACGGUCAGCAUGAUCUUGGACAGUCCAUAUUUUACACAACAACUUGCCUCCUGCCCUUUCUCAGUGACGAUAUUCUCAGCACUUUACCCUACACUAUGAUCUCCACUUUAGCUACAUUCCCCCCAUUCCUUCACAAAGACAUCAUUGAGUACCUGAGCACCUCUUUCCUCCCCAUGGCUAUAUUGGGUUCCACUAGAAGAGAAGGGGGCGUCCCAGCAUAUGUCAAUCUCUCUGCCUCCUCCAUGCUAAUGAUUGCUAUGCAGUACACUUCCAACCCAGUAUAUCACUGUCAGUUGUUGGAGUGUCUUAUGAAGCACAAGCAGGAAGUGUGGAAGGACCUGCUGUAUGUCAUUUCGUACGGACCAUCCCAAGUCAAGCCUCCAGCCGUGCAGAUGCUCUUUCAUUACUGGCCAAACCUAAAGCCCCCAGGAGCCAUCAGUGAAUACAGUGGACUGCAAUACACAGCCUGGAAUCCCAUCCAUUGCCAACACAUUGAGUGUCACAAUGCCAUCAAUAAGCCUGCUGUCAAGAUGUGCAUCGACCCCACCCUCUCCGUUGCACUGGGAGACAAGCCCCCUCCUCUAUACAUCUGUGAGGAGUGCAGCCAAAGGAUAGCAGGAGACCAUUCAGAAUGGCUUGUUGAUGUGCUCUUGCCCCAAGCUGAGAUAUCUGCUAUUUGUCAAAAGAAGAACUGUAGCUCUCAUGUCAGGAGGGCAGUUGUCACCUGCUUCUCAGCUGGUUGCUGCGGGCGCCAUGGCAACCGACCCGUCCGCUACUGCAAGCGUUGCCAUGUCAACCACCACAGCAGCGAGGUGGGGACUGCGGCGGAGACCCAUCUGUACCAGACCUCCCCACCUCCCAUCAACACCCGCGAGUGUGGGGCAGAGGAGUUGGUGUGUACUGUGGAGGCUGUUAUCAGUCUACUGAAGGAGGCAGAGAUCCACGCGGAGCUGCGUGAGUUUGAGCUGAACAGGCGUCGUCAGAUGGGCCUGUCUGCCUCCCACCACUCCCUGGACAACAUCGACUUUGACAACAAGGAGGACGACCAGCACGACCAGAGGCUCCUCAGUCAGUUUGGCAUCUGGUUCCUGGUGAGCCUGUGCACCCCCAGUGAGAACACGCCCACUGAGAGCCUGGCGCGGCUGGUGAGCAUGGUGUUCCAGUGGUUCCACUCCACAGCCUACAUGAUGGACGACGAGGUGGGCUCCCUGGUGGAGAAGCUCAAGCCCCAGUUUGUCACCAAGUGGUUGAAGACCGUGUGUGACGUGCGCUUUGACGUCAUGGUGAUGUGCCUGCUGCCCAAGCCGGUGGAGUUUGCCAGGGUGGGGGGUUACUGGGAUAAGUCUUGCAGCACGGUGACCCAGCUGAAAGAGGGGCUGAACCGGAUCCUGUGCCUGAUCCCCUACAAUGUGAUCAGCCAACCGCUAUGGGAGUGCUUCAUGCCAGAGUGGCUGGAGGCCAUCCGCACUGAGGUGCCUGACCAGCAGCUCAAGGAGUUCAGAGAAGUGCUCAGCAAGAUGUUUGACAUUGAGCUGUGCCCUCUGCCCUUCUCCAUGGAGGAGAUGUUUGGGUUCAUUAGCUGCAGGUUCUCAGGAUACCCAGCCUCUGUGCAGGAGCAGGCUCUGCUCUGGCUGCAUGUGUUGUCAGAGCUGGACAUUGUGGUGCCUCUGCAGCUGUUGAUCGGGAUGUUCUUUGACGGGGUGAACUCAGUGAAGGAACUGGCCAAUCAGAGAAAGACUCGAGUCUCAGAUCUAUCUGGUGAAAAUACUGAGGCUCGGAGGGAAAGCGUGGUUUCAGAUCCAGGCCAUCUCGGGCCGCACAACACUGUGAGCCCGUUCCCCAGUCCGUUCCGGAGCCCAUUCCGGAGCCCCCUGCACUGCAGCCCCUUUAAGAACCUGGGCCAUGCUACGGGACACUGUGCCCUGGACCUGGACUGUGAUGAUGAUGACAUGAACCUGGGCUGUUUCAUUCUCAUGUUCGACCUCAUCCUCAAACAGAUGGAGCUCCAGGAUGACGGCGUGAUGCUCGGUCUGGAAAGCAGCCUGGGGAAAGACAUUGUGGGCAUCAUCAACAACGUCUUCCAGGCCCCGUGGGGGGGCUCCCACACCUGUCAGAAGGAUGAGAAGGCUCUGGAGUGCAGCCUGUGCCAGUCCAGCAUUUUGUGCUACCAGCUAGGCUGUGAGCUCCUGGAGAGACUCACCCCCAGGGAGGAGAUACGUCUGGUGGAGUCAACAGACAUCUUGGAGGACACAUUGCUGUUGCCUCAAGUGUUUGGGCCUGAACAACGGACAAAGCAAGGGGCAGAGGAAGCGGACAACCCUGCCAGCACACACACUGACAACCCUACAAUUCAAAGUUACUCUCCUGACAACCCACCAAUGAAGAAUAAUGCUGAUAAGAAGUUUUCCUACCAGCAGCUCCCUGUGUCUCUCAAGCUAAUAUACACUAUUCUGCAGGAAAUGUCUAAGUUUGAGGAGCCUGAUAUCCUGUUCAACAUGCUGAACUGUCUGAAUAUCCUGUGUCUCCACGGAGAAUGUCUGUACCUGGCCCGUAAGGACCACCCCCAUUUCUUGGCCCACAUCCAGGAGAAGAUGCUCAUUCCCAGCCUGUGGGCCAUGCUGAAGUCUGAGUUCUGCCAGCUGGCCUCCUUGGCCGUGCCCCAGCUCCUGCAUGCCCUCUCCCUCUCCCACGGAGCAGACAUCUUUUGGAACCUGGUGGACAGCAACUUUAACAGCAAGGACUGGAAGAUACGCUUCGAAGCAGUGGAGAAGGUGGCGGUGCUCUGUCGGUUCCUAGACAUUGGUUCUUUGACGAAGAACCACCUGCUGAAGUACUCCCUGGCACAUGCCUUCUGCAGCUUCCUGGCCUCUGUGGAGGAUGUCAACCCGGCUGUGGCCACACGCGCCAGGCUGCUGCUGGACACCAUAAAGAGCCCAGCACUACAGGGUUUGUGUCUGUGCCUGGACUUCCAGUUCGACACGGUGGUGAGGGACCGGCCCAUCAUCCUCAGCAAGCUGCUGAUGCUGCACCACCUGAAGCAGGAAGUCCCUGCCCUCAGCUGGGAGUUCUUUGUCAACCGCUUUGAGACGCUCUCCCUGGAGGCCCAGCUACACCUGGACUGCAACAAGGAGUUCCCUUUCCCCACUACCAUCACAGCUGUGCGCACCAACGUGGCCAACCUUAGUGAUGCAGCGAUGUGGAAAAUCAGACGGGCUCGCUUUGCCAGGAACCGCCAGAAGAGUGUGCGUUCCCUCCGUGACAGCAUCAAGGGCCCGUCCACAACCAAGCGAGCCUUCUCCCUCCCAGAGACUCUGUGUAACCGACUACCAUUAAGGCUUACGAGGCAAGAGCACUCUGCCCCGACUCUGGGAGAUAUGAUAGAGAAAGUCCUGCCAGGCCACAGCCCCUCAAUGGAGGAUGACUCGGUCAUCAGGGACCUGCUCCCAGAGGAUGCUGGGAUAGAUCACCAGACGGUGCACCAGCUCAUCAUGGUACUCAUGAAGUUCAUGGCCAAAGACAAGAGCAGUGCUGAGGCAGACAUCGGCAGUGCCAAGGCCUUCAACUCGGUGAAGCGCCAUCUGUAUGUGCUGCUGGGCUAUGACCAGCAGGAGGGUUGCUUCAUGAUCGCACCGCAAAAGAUGAGGACCUCCACCUGCUUCAAUGCUUUCAUUGCUGGCAUCGCACAGGUGAUGGACUACAACAUUGGGCUGGGGAAGCAGCUGCUCCCUCUGGUGGUCCAGGUGUUGAAGUACUGCACCUGUCCCCAGCUCAGACACUACUUCCAGCAGCCGCCGCGUUGCUCUCUCUGGGCCCUGCAGCCACACAUCAGACAGAUGUGGCUCAAAGCCCUGCUGGUCAUCCUCUACAAGUACCCCUACAGGGAUAUGGAUGUGAGUAAAGGGGUUCUGCACCUGAUCCACAUCACCAUCAACACCCUGAAUGCCCAGUACCACAGCUGUAGGCCCCAUGCCACUGCUGGACCCCUCUAUAGUGACAACUCCAACAUCAGCCGCUACAACGACAAAGAGAAAGAGGAGGACAGUGUGUUUGAUGAGUCUGACGUUCAUGACACACCAACUGGAGCAGGCAACAAGGAGUCUCAGACCUUCUUUGCCCGUCUGAAAAGAAUCGGUGGCAGCAAGUCUGUCAAGUACCAGCCGGUAGAGCUGAAUGCCCAGAAAAGUGAAAUUGAGCUGUCUGAGUACCGCGAGGCCAGUGCAGUGCAGGACAACAUCUUGCACUGUGUGAGGGAGGAGAGCACCAGGAAGAAGCGUCUGCAGGCUAUGCACAAGCAGAAGUCCCUGGACAUUUCCAACACUGACUCCAUCCUCUACAACCUGGACGAGCACCGACGCAAGUCCUGCAUAGACCGCUGUGACCUGCAGCAUGGUCUCCCCGGGCCCCCCUCCUCCACCACCUCCCACCCCAGGCGGACAGGGGGCCAUGGGAAGGGCUCGUCAGACGGCUCCUCAGGCCGAGCAGAGGGCAGUGACCACCAGGACCGUUCAGGAACCCGGGGGGGCCACUCAGACUGCUCCAGGCCUGUCAUCCCAGAGGUGCGCCUCAGCUGCAUGGAGACGUUUGAGGACAAGGCCGACUUGGACUCCCCUCUUACAGGCGGCUCUUCUGCAGAGAAGGAGGACCAGGACCUCAUUGACCUCUCCUCCGACUGCACUUCAAUCCCAGAGAAGCACUCCAUCCUCUCCAUGUCCGACAGCGACUCCCUGGUGUUUGAGCCCCUACCACCACUGAGGAUCGUGGAGAGUGACGAGGAGUUUGACCUGAACAUGGUAAUGGGCCCCAGGCUGAAUGGGAGUGCCAGGCCCCCUGCUUCCCCUGCCAGGCCCCCUGCUUCCCCUGCCAGCACCGUGUGCCUGUCCCCCAUGGUGCAGGUGAGCGUGGAGGACUGUUCUAAGGAGAAGAGGACCACAGACUCCCCAUCAAAAGAAAGCCCCCAACAGCCUCUACAGAGGAGGCCACGCUAUGCAACCCACACCACCUCCCUGGAGCUGCCUGACCGGUCAGAGCACCCUGGCCUGGAGAGCCCCAUGACUCUUAGCUUACAACAGAAGAGGGACCUGCUGAGGAAGACCCCUGCUGUCCCUGACACCUCCCUGGAUGACUUUGUGCAUCCUGAGGACUUGAAGGCAGGGGUGGGUCUGGGGACCAGUCCCUCUGGCAGGAUGAUCUUCCUGGACAUCCCUGAGGACACAGUUGAACCCCUCACCUCUCUGGAGGGGAACAACAACGACGAAGAGGAAUAUUAUGAAGAAGAUGAUGAGGACCUUGAUGACAGUGACUUUAAACCCGAUGAUGAUGAGAACGGCGAGGCAGAGUUUAAGAUCCAGAUAGUUCCCCGGCAACGCAAGCAGAGGAAGAUAGCUGUGAGUGCCAUCCAGAGAGAGUACCUAGACAUCUCCUUCAACACCCUGGACAAGCUGGGUGAGCAGCCCACUGACACAGAUCACAAAGUUCUGUCUACCCUGGAAAAGCCACGGGAAUCCGCCUCAGCCCCCACCCUUGAAGCUGCUAUCCCAGAAACAAGCAACCGCUCUUCAGUAUCAACUCAGUACCGUCAGGCAAAGCGAGGCUCGUUGGGAGCUCUAACCAUGAGCCAGCUGAUGAAGAGACAGCUGGAGCACCAGUCCAGUGCCCCUCACAACAUCAGCACCUGGGAGACAGGCCCCACCAAGACCAGCCUCCUAUCUGCCCCCAGUACAGUCAGCAUGUUUGUGCCUGCCCCUGAGGAGUUCAUUGAUGACCAGCCCACCACCAUGACUGACAGGUGUCGUGACUGUGGUGCGGUGCUAGAGGAGUAUGAUGAGGAGACCCUGGGCCUGGCAGUGGUGGUGCUCUCCAUGUUCAUCCACCUCAGCCCCGACCAGGCCGCUCCACUGCUGCUGGACAUCAUGCAGUCUGUGGGCAGGCUGGCGUCUAGUGCUAAUUUCUCUGGGCAAGCUGAGAGCAUGCUGAUCCCUGGCAACGCAGCAGGUGUGGCUAAGCAGUUCCUCCGCUGUGUGUUCCAUCAGCUGGCCCCCAAUGGCAUCCUGCCCCAGCUCUUCCAGAGCAACAUUAAAGAUGGAGGUUUUCUGAGAACAUUGGCCUUUUCCCUGAUUGAUUUUAAUGAACUGAGUUCUGUGGCUGCACUGAACCAGCUACUGGAGGGUCUGAACAACAAGAAGAGUCUACCAGCAGGGGGCACCAUGCUGCACUGCCUGGAGAACAUCGCCACCUUCAUGGAGGCCCUGCCCAUGGACUCCCCCAGCAACCUGUGGACCACCAUCUGCAAUCAGUUCCAGACCUUCCUCACUAAACUACCCUCUGUGCUGCCUCUGAAGUGUCCCCUGGACUCCAGUUUGAGGAUCAUCAUUUGCCUGUUGAAGAUCCCCACCACAAGUGCAACCCGGAGCUUACUGGAGCCCUUCUCCAAACUGCUGAGCUUUGUCAUCCAGUAUGGAGUGUUCAGCCUCUCUUACCUGGUGGAGCUGUGUGGCCUCUGCUACAAAGCCUUCAAUAAGGAGCGAGAUAAGUUCUAUAUGUCUCGUAUUGUGGUGCUGGAGCUUCUACAGGCUCUGAAGUUCAAGUCUCCUCUACCCGAUACUAACCUGCUACUGCUGGUCCAGUUUGUUUGUUCAGAUAUUGGUACGAGGCUAGCAGAGUCUACUGUUCUCUCAAAGCACAUGAUCUCAUCUCUUCCAGGGUGCACGACAGCAGCAAUGGAAUGCAUGAGGCAAUACAUCAGUGAACUUCUAGACUUCAUAGCAGAUAUGCACACGCUGACCAAACUAAAAAGCCAUAUGAAGGCGUGUUGUCAGCCACUGCACGAGGACACGUUCGGAGGGAACCUGAAAGUGGGCCUGGCACAGGUAGCUGCCAUGGAGAUCAGCAAAGGCAAUCACCGUGACAACAAGGCAGUGAUCCGUUAUCUGCCCUGGCUCUACCAUCCCCCGUCCGCCAUGCAGCAGGGACCUAAGGAGUUCAUUGAGUGUGUGUCCCACAUCCGCCAGCUGUCCUGGCUGCUCCUGGGCUCCCUGACCCACUAUGCCCUGCACCAGGGCUCCACCUCCUGUAUGCCCAUCCCCCUGGACGCUGGCUCACACAUCGCUGACCACCUCAUCGUCAUCCUUAUCGGCUUCCCUGAACAAUCCAAGACGUCAGUGCUGCACAUGUGCUCCCUGUUCCAUGCCUUCAUGUUUGCCCAGCUGUGGACCAUUUACUGUGAGCAGUCGGCGGCCACUCCGGCCCUGCAGAACCAGAAUCAGACAGAGUUCUCCUCCAACGCCAUUCUGACCGGCCUGGAGUUCUGGAGCCGCGUCACACCCAGCAUCUUGCAGCUCAUGGCCCACAACAAAGUGAUGGUGGAGAUGGUGUGUCUACAUGUCAUUAGCCUGAUGGAGGCUUUACAAGAAUGCAACUCAACUAUCUUUGUGAAGUUAAUACCUAUGUGGUUGCCCAUGAUUCAAUCUAACCUAAAGCACCUGUCUGCAGGUCUACAGCUACGGCUGCAGGCCAUCCAGAACAGAGUGAACCACCAGUGUGUGCAGGGCCAGGCGGCUGGGGCCCUGCCUUUCGCCCUGCGCAAGUGGCUGCAGUGCACACAGUUCAAGAUGGCCCAGGUGGAAAUCCAGUCAUCCGAGGCUGCCUCACAGUUCUACCCAAUGUGACCUGCCCACCUCUCACUAUGGGAGAUCCUCCAAGACCCAGUCCUCCUCAGGACCAGCAUGCAUCUGUCUGCUGCCUGCCU